AUGUGCGAUGUUCCUCGCGACAUUGCGGGGAACAUACAUCUUCUCGGUCAGAAUUUAGGAGGACAACGCUCAAAUUCUCUUUUGACACAGUAUAUCAGCGAAAUUCCCAAAUACUGUCUACACCUCGACGAGUUUCUCGGUAGCCUACCCAGCCACCUCCAGGAAGUCAAUGAACAUGCUGUGGAGGAGUGCUUUCAGAUUCAAGGACAGAUACUGAGGACGCGUUCAAUUUAUGUUAAACUUACUGUCCUCCGCCCUUGUCUUCUAGCAAGCGUCGCAAAUCGGACAAUACGCUCGGAGUUACGGAAAGCAAAGACCGGCAACCAAAACCUCACCAUGGGACUGCUUCAUGAGGUCAACAAGCUCUGUGUCACCACGGCGCAGACAGUCCUUGAUAAAGUACAUAAGAACAUCCACAUAAUAUACCGGGCAUCAACGUGGCACACAUUACGAGUAACAUUCGGUUCGGCGACAGUCCUGUUGGCGGCUAGUUUAAUACCAGACUUGGGCGUGGACCUAGACCAGGAGCCGAAUAAGACUUCAUGGGAACAGGCCAUUGCCAUUUUCCAAUUUUACAUAUCAUAUGAUAUAUCAGCUCAGGGGGGCAUCCAAGCGUUAUGGGAUUAUCGGCAGAAGUUUGAAGCCACCAAGAGGCGUGGAGAGCCACCACUGGAUGGAACAGCACAAGCUGAGCCACAACAAAACCCUCAAAGUGGUGCCGCGACUAUUGCUUCUGAAGAAACUCCCUUUAAUAUGGACAAUAUCUUUUUCGGAGUUGAUACCCAAGGUCAGGGUGUGGACCUCUCACAGGCGUUUCAUGAUUGGAAUUGGCUCGAUUUCGACAUUCCAGAAUUUAUGCUAUCAUAA